AAUUUAAUCGUACCUUUUUAGUAGACAUUAACAAUAAUAAAUGCGAUCAUUUACGAUGCAAUAGAAGUUGAUUUUUGACGUCGAAAACUAUGUCAUGCUGUUGCCAUCAAGACACUAACAACAAACAUAUGUCUCGCGAGUCUCGCCAAAUGAUCCAAACCGAGAAGAAGAUAGCCGAGAAGUUAAUUAUCCUAAAUGAUAGGGGAGUCGGCAUGCUAACGAGAAUAUACAACAUAAAGAAAGCAUGCGGAGACGCGAAAUCGAAACCGGGCUUUCUCUCCGACAAAAAUUUGGAAUCCUCGAUCAAGAACAUCGUGAGGAGGUUCCCGAACAUCGACACCAAAAGCCUCACGCCGAUUCACAACCUAAAAAACGACAUAAUUAAAUCGCUGUCGUUGUAUUAUUACACUUUUGUCGAUUUGUUAGACUUCAAAGACCACGUUUGUGAUCUUCUAACCAGCUUAGAUAUGUACCAAGUAGACUUGGAUAUUUCCAUGAAUUUCGAACUUACGAAAAAUUACCUGGAUUUAGUAACAACAUACGUUUCUCUGAUGGUGUUACUUUCAAAAGUCGAAGACCGUAAAGCAGUCCUCGGUUUAUUCAACGCCGCUUACGAAAUCGUGCACGGGCAACAGGAUCAAAACUUCCCCAGAUUGGGAACCAUGAUCACAGACUACGACAUUCCAUUUAAGAAGUUAUCAGAGGAAUUUGUACCUCACGCAAGGCUACUAGCAGAAGCGAUUCAAUCUCUAUAUCCGGUGUACAUUCCGAGGAACGUGUCUGCGGAUAAAUGGCGUUCCGAACAGAAACUAACUAUAGUCGGAAAUCCUUCGAUGUUACUGAAACCCCUCCUCUCCGAAAGAAUGUCCUGUGAAUAUCUAUCGCUGGAUAUAAUGGAGAGGUGGAUAAUUUUCGGCCUGCUGCUGAUCCAUAACGUGCUGUUGCAAAACGAUAAUUUCAACAAGCUUUUCCUGAACGCCUUGGAGUGCUCUUGGGUCAUUCCCUUAUUCAGGGACGAAGUGAUUUACAUUCACCAGUACAUCACGACCUUUUUCGAUGGUUUAAAAGGAUACUCGAAGAGGAUUUCAGAAGUAAAAGACACCUACAAUCACGCCAUCCAGAAAGCCGGUUACAAUCACCGCGAACGCCGGAAAUUCCUGAGGACUGCUCUCAAAGAAUUAGGUUUAAUUUUCAUGGACCAGCCGGGCCUGUUAGGUCCCAAGGCUCUGAUGGUAUUUAUGGGAUUGUGUUACGGAAGAGACGAAGUACUGUGGCUGCUGAGGCACAACGACAAUCCUCCCAUACAUAAAACUAAAGGAAAAUCUACCGAAGAUUUGGUCGAUAGGCAUUUACCCGAGUUGUUGUUCCACAUGGAGGAUUUGAGAGUGCUGGUGAGGAAAUACAGCCAGGUUAUGCAAAGGUAUUACGUUCAAUACCUGUCUCAUUGGGACGCUAUUACGUUGAAGGAAAUCAUGCAAAAAUUGCAGACUUACCCGGAAGAUGAGGUGACGAUUUUGUCGUCGUUGUGUAACACGAUAUCGAGCGUGUCAAUUAAGCAAGUCGAAGAGAACGAACCGUUCAAUUUCUUCGCGUUUAGACUCGACUGGUUCAGACUACAAGCGUUCACUUCUACAGCGAAAUCUCCAUUGAGGCUGAAAGAUCACAGACUUUUAGCGCAACUGCUCGAUUCCAUUCAAUUCCACACUAAAAUGGUCGAUAAUUUGGACGAGAUGUUGAGAGAAACGUCGGACAUGUCGAUAUUUUGCUUCUACAACAGAAUAUUCGAAGAUCAGUUUCACAUGUGCUUGGAGUUUCCCGCGCAAAACAGGUACAUCGUCGCGUUUCCUUCCAUAUGCAGUCACUUUCAACAUUGCACCCACGAGCUCUGCCCCGAAGAGAGGCAUCACAUCCGAGAGAGGAGUUUGUCAGUGGUGAAUAUGUUCCUCGACGAGAUGGCGAAGGAGGCGAAAAAUAUAAUUACGGCCAUUUGCGACGCGCAAUGCAAGAUGAGCGAUAAACUACUACCCAAAAACUGCGCCCAUCUGAUAUCCCAGCAAAUCAACAGAAAGAAGAAGGAAAAGAACAAGAAGAACGUGGUGGAAAUCGAAAAACCCGGUAAGGAAAGCUACAGGAAGACGCGCGAGAAUUUAACGACCAUGGACAAGCUGCACAUGGCUCUGACCGAACUCUGUUACGCCAUCAACUAUUUCUCGAACAUCAACGUGUGGGAAUACACCUUCGCGCCUAGGGAAUACCUACACCAGCACCUGGAGAAUCGAUUUUCCAAAGCACUAGUCGGCAUGGUGAUGUACUCGCCGGAGACCAACGAAAUCGCCAAACCAUCGGAAUUAUUAGUCUGCGUGAGAUCGUACAUGAACGUCCUGCAAACGGUAGAAAAUUACGUUCACAUCGACAUAACGCGAGUGUUCAACAACUGCUUGUUGCAACAAACCCAACCGAUGGACAGUCACGGAGACAAAACCAUCGCUUCGAUCUACACCCAAUGGUAUUCGGAGGUACUACUGAGAAGAGUCAGCGCCGGUAACAUCAUCUUCUCGAUGAACCAGCGUUCGUUCGUCAGCCUAACGGUCGAAGGUUCGAUUCCCAACCCGGAGGAAUACUCCGACGUGAACGAACUGAGAGCCCUGGCCGAACUGAUAGGCCCCUACGGAAUGAAGCAAUUGAGCGAGACUCUGAUGUGGCACAUCGCCAGCCAAGUGGUCGAAUUGAAGAAGCUGGCCGAGGUCAACAAGGACGUGCUGCUGGCGUUGCGCACGAACUUCGACAAGCCCGAGGUGAUGAAGGAGCAGUUCAAGAAGCUCACCAACGUGGAGAACGUGCUGCAGAGGAUGACGAUCGUCGGCGUGAUAUUGAGCUUCAGGCAGCUGAGCCAGUCGUGCUUGGCCGACGUGCUGGAGAAGAGGAUCCCGUUUUUGAUCAGCUCGAUUCUCGAUUUCAAGCACCACCUGCCCAGCGGGGAUCCGAUGAAGAUCGUCAGCGAGAUGACCUGCGCCGCGGGAUUGCCCUGCAAAGUCGAUCCGUCUUUAAUAUCGGCUUUGAAGUUGCAGAAACAAGAGGCCGAAGGCGAUAACGAGCAUCUUUUGGUGUGUCUUUUGAUGGUGUUCGUGGCGGUUUCGAUACCGAAAUUGGCCAAGUCCGAUCAGUCGUUUUACAGGGCUUCGUUGGAAGGGCAUACGAAUAAUAUUCAUUGCAUGUCGUUGGCGGUUAAUCACAUUUUCGGGGCUCUGUUUACGAUUUGCGGGCAAGGAGAUAUCGAAGAUCGCAUGAAGGAGUUCCUGGCGUUGGCUUCUUCGAGUUUGUUGAGAUUGGGACAGGAGGCUGAUAAAGAGGCGAUUAAAAAUCGCGAGUCGAUUUAUCUGUUGUUGGAUCAGAUCGUUCAGGAAUCGCCGUUUCUUACGAUGGAUUUGUUGGAAUCUUGUUUCCCGUAUGCCCUUAUUAGAAACGCUUAUCACGACGUUUAUAAAUUAGAGCAUAAUAUGUAAUCUUGUACUUGUAGGAAUUUAUAUUUUACAAAAGCACAUUUGUAAUUUGUACAUAUAGAUUUAAGAACAUUUUUAUAUAAACAUGUUAUAAUUAGGUAUAGACAAUUUGUAGGUUUGAUAAUGUUUAUUCAUUUAUAUUAAAACAUAACUUAUUCGAUUUUAAUUUGUUCAUUUAUAUAACGAUACUACUACAAUCUUUAUUAAAAAAACUAGUUACAAUUUUAUAAAUAUAUUUAUUACAAAAAAUUAUAGAUACAUUUACGGGUACAAAAAAGAUUAUUUUACCAAAGACAAAAUCAGCCUUUCAUUCAAAGGAAGCCGGAACGCUAAAUAAAAAUUAACUAUAAUGUAUACAUAAAGAAUUAAAAAAACGGAUUUGUUCGCAAGAAAUAUAAAUAUUUUAGGGUUCAAUUAUAUGCUUAAUUAUCUCUGACUAGAGUCCUUAAAAAUUCCCUAUUUAAAACGUAACAGCUAAUGGUCCUAGCGCACAAUCAUUUUUGGUUCAAUCCCAAUGCAAAAACCAUAUAAAUGAACUAUUAACUGUCGACACAAACGGUUAAAAAUUGUAUAAAAAAACGGUAAAGUAUAGUAUAGACGCGACACAGUCUUAAAUAAAAGUAGGAAUAUAUUGAAGAAGGUAAAUGAGUAUUGUAAA